AUGUCUGCCCAAUUAACGCGAGAACAGAUAUUCUUGCUCGCGGCUUGGUUUGAGGCUAUCGCUUAUGGCCUAUUCCUUUGCCUGUUCUGCGGUACAAUGCUAUUCACGCUUGGUAGCAAACACCGGAGCGAUAAUCACAACAAGAUCAUGUUCUGCAUAUCUUUCGUCAUGUUUGUGAUUUCCACAACGCACAUGUCUAUGAAUGGAUGGCGCGUACUGCAAGGAUUCUCCGUGCAUUCCGACGAUGUGUUUGCGUACCUUGAUAGCCUUACGAGAUGGGAUCAAGUCUUCAAAGAUACACUCUACGUGACGCAAGAACUUCUAGGUGGCGCGGCAGCAAUAUAUCGCUGCUUUAUCGUCUGGAACAGCCGCUGGCGGGUCAUCGCGGUACCCCUCUUGCUCCUUGUCGGUAGUGCCAGUGAGUAA